AAGAAUUCAAGCAAUUUACAUAUUUCUAAGGUGGGGGUGAGCAAAAGCAAGCAACUUCCCUUCAUUUUCCCCUAGUCAUGGCCAUGUCUCAAAGAGCCACCGUCAUUUUGGCAACGAGGCUCAUUGCCUUGAUCGCCACGCUUAUCGCAGCCGUCGUAAUGGCGUCGAGCCACGAGAAAGGCUCCAUCUUUGGAGCCGUAUCUUACGAAGCUAAGUACUCUGACACCCCUGCCUUCAAAUACUUUGUGAUUGCUAAUGUGGUGGUGACAAUUUACGGGUUCCUAGUCCUGUUUCUUCCUUCCGAGAGCCAGCUCUGGAGGCUGGUUUUGGUCUUUGAUUUGGUGCUGACGAUGCUGCUUGUGUCGAGCAUUUCGGCAGCUCUGGCGAUUGCACAAGUUGGGAAGAAAGGCAACUCUCAUGCUGGUUGGUUGCCUGUGUGUAACCAGAUUCCCAAAUACUGCAGCCAGACGACGGCAGCCUUGGUGGCAGGAUUUGUUGGGCUCGUAGUUUACUUUCUUCUUGUUUGCUACUCCAUUCACCGUGAUUUGGAUCCUUUCCUUGUUCGAAAGAAUUAGCCUUUCAUGCACUUUUUACCUCUAGCUCGCUCAACAGAGAAACUAACCUGUUCUAACUGCAAAUAGUGGAGGAUUUUUAUGGGUGCGUUUCACUGAUAAACUAACUAGUCCGGAAGGCAUUAUUACGUAUGACGGUAUGAGCAGAGGA